AUGGAAAAAAAUACCGUUCAAGCGAAGCAAUGGCUUGAAAAGUGUUAUGGGGACUCCGCUCCAUCAGAAGCAACAAUGAAACAUUGGUUUGCUGACUUCAAACGUGGUCGUAGAGACACCGAUGAUGCAAAACGCAGUGGACGUCCAAAUGAGGCAAAAGUGAAGUUGUGUGAGUUAGCUGAGAUCGUAAAGAUAUCAAAAGAACGUGUUGGUUUUAUAUUGCAUAAGCAUUUGUCCAUGAGAAAGCUCUGUUCAAAGUGGGURCCGCGUUUGCUUACUGUUGACCAAAAACAACAACGUGUUGAUGAUUCUGAGCAAUGUUUGGCCAUGUUUAAACGUAACAGACCGGAAUUUUUGUGUCGAUAA